CUGUAAGUAUGGUAACGCCGUCCUAAGGUAACUCAUGAGCUUGCAUAAAAAUCAAAAAGGGAGCAGUCAUAAGCCACAGGACAAAUUUUGGAAGUCAAAUCCCACUUGCUUUUUUUUUAAAUAUACUUUUUCUUUUAUAGAUUAUAAAUGUCAGCAUAUAAAGCAGUAACCAAGAAGAAUUCUGAAGACAAGAGAAUUAACAAACAGAGAGUCAUGAUGCUCUGCUCUCGUGGCGUCACUUAUCGCUACCGACAUCUUAUGAAUGAUCUUGAAGGUUUACUUCCUCAUUCCAAAAAAGACGCCAAGCUUGAUACAAAGAACAACUUGUAUAUCUUGAACGAAUUGGCUGAUCUCAACAAUUGUAACAAUGCUGUAUUUUUUGAAACCAGAAAGAAGCAGGAUCUGUAUGUUUGGAUGGCCAAGACACCUAAUGGCCCUUCUGCCAAAUUCCACCUUCAGAACUUGCAUACGAUGGAUGAAUUAAAGAUGACGGGUAAUUGUCUCAAGGGAUCUAGACAUAUUUUGUCAUUUGACAAGACGUUUGAUUCUGCACCUCACUGGAGUUUAUUAAAAGAAUUACUGGGUCAAAUAUUCAAUGUGCCCAAGGGAUCAAGACGCUCAAAGCCUUUCAUUGACCAUGUAUUGUCAUUUUCUAUUGUAGAUAACCGUAUCUGGUUCAGAAAUUAUCAGAUUGUUGAAAAGAAUAAGCAGAAUACACCAGACUUUAGUCAUUUAGAUAAAGGCGAGAUGUCUCUAGUAGAAAUUGGUCCUCGAUUCUGUAUGACUCCCAUCAGAAUCUUUGAAGGUUCUUUUGGUGGGCCUACUGUAUUCGAGAAUCCUGAAUUCGUUCAUCCCAACUUUGUUCGUGCUGCUAUGCGUAAGAGUAAGCUUGUGAAAUAUGCUGCUAGACAAAAGAACAACAUGGAACGUAAUGCUCGUCUCUCUAUGGCAAAGGAAAGCCGAGAAACCGAGAUUAGCGACAAGUCUGUCUUCAAAUAAAGCUGUAAUAUAAUAAUAAAGCAUCCUUAAUUUGUUCCAUACGAUGUGCAGACCAUCUAUUCUUUUUUAGACACAUCCUUGAAAAC